AUGAAUCCGGAACAUCAGCGGAUAUGGGAACAAGGAGAUUCGGUUAUCCAAAGGUUUCAAAGGAUGGCUACCAAGUACGAUGGGGCUGCCGAUCGACGCUAUGAGUACGAGUCUCGUGAAGGAAAUCCCGUCAAGUUCACAAACGACAAGCUGACCCGGAACGAAGAAGUUUUGGACCGCCUGCAGUCAAACCUCCUGCCUAUGUUACAGUUCCAAACCAUCAAUUUAUUCGAAUCACUAAACCCAUUGGGCUUGCAGCAAGAACCAGAGUCGAAAAUCCAGCUCAUCUCUCAGAACCAAUUAAACGUCGAAACACAUGUAGAUGAGCUAAGAAAUUGGUUCGAUGAGGUCUGUUCAGGACACUUGGCUAGAGCGUACCCAUCUAACGACUAUCACUAUCAGCGAUCAAAAUUCUUCCGGCUUUCUAGCUUGAAGGGAUAUAUUCUUGAGGCCUCUCAAGACAUUGGUCGAAGCUGUCGGAUAGCCUAUGAUAUCCUCAACCGGGCGAAACGUUCGACACAACCACCUAGCCAGCAGACGAAUAAAAUGUAUCAUCAGGGAAUAUUGCUAGCCGAGAAAGCAAACAGAUCGUUCCAGGCGGCUAUCGAAUGCAUCAAAGGAUCUGAAUUAGAUGUCGCUGAGAAGAGAUGGCAAUCAAGUUUGGUGAGUAUCGACGACAGCUUGCGGAACAUCAUCGGUUUAGUCACGCCUUUAACGAACUCUAGUCCAAGGCAAAAUUUGAUCCAAGAAUCAGUCACCGACCUCGCUAAAUCAGCAAUAAUAUUGAUCAAGGUCCACAAGGUCUUCUUUGCCAAGUUCUUCUCUAAAAGUGGAGCGAUCAGGAUAAAUAUUCCAUGUUAUACGGAAAUGUCUUCGGAUCAAAUCGCAUCUAUAGUCCGAUCGGUUGAAGGUGUUGCUAAGGAGCUCCUAGGACUCGUUGGACACUUGAAAGGGACUGGCAGGUUUGGCGACUACAUCACUAACAAAUUGCGUGCAACACCCUCCACUCUGCAAGCUCGUUUCAAUCCUCCUAUGGACCUCCUACUCCUCUAUCUCAUUCCUUUGAUUCCCGAUACCGCCACUCAAGAUGAUUACAGAGAGUGGUUGCUUACUUGGAGCACUCAGCGCCACUUAUCCUCCGAGAACUACCUCAAACAUUUGGCUGACCUCGCGAGUAGCUGA